GGUUGGAAAUGGAGCAUGAAUCCUGCUGAAAGUUGAAGAGACAGCAGCAGUGCACGUCCAUGUCACACUCUGUCAUGAACCACAGUUUCAUUGCCAGGGAGCAGGUCGGGGUAAGGACCUUCCAGGUGUUCCUUUGAAGCUGGACCUCCCAUUUCAUUCUAAGCAGAGUCUUCAGUGCUCUGAAGAUUAAGUUCCGGUUUCAUUUAGGACAAAUUCCAAAAUGCAAUCUUUCUUGAAGUUUGCCUUUUAACCCGUCUACAUGGCCACUUCCCAAUCGAUUACUUAGUCAUUCUGUUACUAAAGUCACAUUGUGCUUCAGGGCAUGCUGCUGCUUCAAGGCAAAGAUCAUGAACUAUCCUAACCCUGGAAAACAUACAAGCAGGUCGGUCAAUGGAUGUUAUUCAUUAAUCAAGACUUUUCUGAGGAAAUCAUUGGCAGUGGGUAUAUUUUCACAAAUUUAUGAAUACACACCCACUGCUGUGGUAUUUAAUGCCUGCACUUCUUCCGCCUACCGUAUCCCUUGGGCUUUGUAUCCAAGCAGCUGGAUUACUGGUUCUCAGCUGUCCCAUGGCUCCUGCUCUUUUGCCUGCCCCGCUUCCUCUGUGUGUGUGUCUGCUGCUGGCAUCUGGCCUUGCCCAGGCAGGCAAGCUGCUGGUGGUGCCCAUGGAUGGCAGCCACUGGUUUACCAUGCGGUCGGUGGUGGAGAAACUCAUCCACAGAGGGCAUGAAGUUGUGGCUCUCGUGCCAGAGGUGAGUUGGCAACUGGGGAAAGCAUCCAACUUUACAGUGAAAACUUACUCAACUUCUUACACUAUGGAGGACUUGGACCGGGAAUUCAAUUUUUUUCUUGACACUCAAUGGAAAACUCCAGAACAAAGUAUGUAUGGUCUAGCAAUGGGUUCAUCCAAGGCAUUUUUUAACAUCACUUUUUCACGGUGUAAGAGUUUGUUUAAUGACAAGAAAUUAGUGGACUUGUUAAAGAAGAGCUCUUUUGAUGCAGUGUUUCUGGAUCCUUUUGAUAUGUGUGGCUUAGUUGUUGCCAAAUACUUUUCACUUCCAUCCGUGGUCUUAGCCAGGGUCGUGUUCUGCCGUUUUCUGGAAGAAGGUGCUCAGUGCCCCAGUCCUCUCUCUUAUGUUCCCAGACUUUUCUUGAUGUCCUCAGAUGCUCUGACUUUUUUGAAAAGAGUAAGGAACCACCUACACAACUUGGAAGAAUAUUUAUUUUGCCCUUAUUUUUUCAAACCUGCAUUGGAAAUCGCCUCUGAAAUUCUCCAGACACCUGUCACAAUAAGUGAUCUCUCCAGCCAAGUGUCCAUUUGGUUACUACGAACUGACUUUGUUUUGGACUAUCCCAGACCUGUGAUGCCCAACAUGAUCUUCAUAGGUGGAAUCAACUGCCACCAGGGGAAGCCACUGCCCAAGGUACGUUGUGUCUCCUUUAGCACAUUGAGAAGCACUUGGCCUUGGAUGUUGAAAAGAGAUCUUCUCAACGGUGAUUUGUUAUUUGCACAUGUCAUAGUUAGAGUUUUUUUUCUGGUGUCAUGA